AUGUUCCCCAACAGCUCCUUCCUGUCCUCCGCUUCUCCACUCCCGGCCUUCAUGGCAGAGAAUGGAGAUUUGCAGCAACGAAUCCUCCAGAAGACCCUACAGGAGGUAGCGGACGAGGAGGCCGAGGGUGCUGAUCCCUGCGUCAUUUGUCUGGAUACCAUCACAGAGCCAUGUGUCGGAGUACCCUGCCACCAUGCCAACUUCGAUUAUCUAUGCCUGCUUAGUUGGCUAGAGCAGCAGCCAAAUUGUCCUUUAUGCAAGGCCAAUCUCACAGCAGUACAGUAUGACGUGAAGGGACCUCGAGGCCCAAAGACAUACACUGUCCCUCCCGUCAACGCCCGCGGAACUACAGUCCGCGCGCCUUUACCGCAUGAAACCCGGUUAAGAGGACAACAACGCCGUCGUCAAAGAACUCGUCUGCACCAACCACAGCCUGCACCCAGCGACCCGCUCUCUGUCCGUCGCAAUGUCUAUCGCAAUCAGCUAUACUCCCUCCGGGUCGGGUCGAACCGACUCUCCCAAUACACCGAGGUGACACCGGAGCAUUUCAACCGAGACGAAGCACUGGUUUCGCGCGCUCGGAAAUGGAUCCGCCGUGAACUGCAGGUGUUUAGCUUUUGCAUCCAGAGGCAGAGGACGCACCGGAAGAAAGGCGGGACCCCGUUCCUCGCUCUGGACAGCAGCGAUUGGAGCAACGGAGGGCAAACAAUGCCGAGUUCUUGCUCGAGUACGUUGUUGCCAUUCUACGGACGGUGGAUAUCAAAGGUAGUGCUGGGCAAGCAGAAGAGUUGCUUCGCGAUUUUCUGGGGAGGGAAAAUGCUCAAGACUGGGAUCGUCAUGUGCAAUACCCGACUUCGAGGCCUCCGUCCCGCGAUAGGGAGAGUCGAGAUGCGAGCUAUCAUCGCCGUGGCUCCACCCGUCGGGACUCAGCUCGUGCCCGUAGUGCAUCGCCGGCUAAUGAGCGCGAUCGAAGCUUGUUUGACCGGGUCUCAAGGCCCCAGAGUUCUCAGUCAAGCCCAGGACGAGGGGCAGUAUCUAGGAGUCGGGGCUCAGGUCGACGUGCCCCGUGGCCGGAGCGAAAUCGGCAUCUUCUAG